UCACCUUAAAGCUCAUCAGCGUGUUCAUACCGGAGAGAAACCGUACCGGUGUGAACAAUGUGGAAAAUCCUUUACUAAUGGUAGUACCUUUAAAAUUCACCAGCGCAGACACACUGGAGAGAAGCCGUACAGCUGUGAACGCUGUGGGAAAAAAUUUUCUCAGCUUAGUGGCCUUAAAGCUCACCAGCCUGUUCACACCAGAGAGAAGCCGUACUGGUGUGAACACUGUGGGAAAAUGUGUUCUACGAGUAGUGCCCUUAAAAAACAUCAUCUCAUUCACACUGGAGAGAAGCCGUACAGCUGUGAUCUAUGUGGUAAAACAUUUUCUGAGAGCGGUAGUCUUACAAAACACCGACGUGUUCACACUGGAGAGAAGCCGUACACGUGUGAACAAUGUGGUAAAACGUUUUCUGUGAGUGGUAGCCUUAAAUCUCACCAGCGUAUUCACACUGGAGAGAAGCCGUACUCGUGUGAACAAUGUGGGGAAAGGUUUUCUCGGAGUACUCACCUUAAAUCUCACCAACGUGUUCACAGCAGAGAAAAGCUGUUCUCAUGUGAACAUUGUGGGAAAAAAUUUUCUCAGAGUUGUAACCUUAAACAACACCAGCGCAGACACACUGGAGAGAAGCCAUACAGAUGUGAUAUAUGUGGUAGAGCAUUUUCUGACAGCGGUAGCUUUAUAUAUCAUCAACGUGUUCACACUGGAGAAAAGCCGUACUUGUGUGAACUUUGUGGGAAAACGUUUUAUCUGAGUGCUGGCCUUAAAAAUUAUCAACGCACUCACACUGGAGAGAAGCCAUACUCGUGUGAACAAUGUGGGAAAAUGUUUUCUCAGAGAAGUCACCUUAAACUACACCAGCGCAGACACACUGGAGAGAAGCCAUACAGCUGUGAUAUAUGUGGUAGAGCAUUUGCUAACAGCGGUAGCUUUAAAUCUCAUCAACGUGUUCACACCGGAGAAAAGCCGUACUCGUGUGAGCAGUGUGGGAAAACAUUUUCUCAGAGAAGUCACCUUAAACGACACCAGCGCACUCACACUGGAGAGAAGCCGACGUGGUCUGAACAAGUGCAAUAGCUUUAAAUAAGCAAAACUACAAAGAGACACAUGAAUGUGCAGCUUCAAGAAAAACAAUAACUACAGUGGGUUUGAAGGUUUGGGCAGCCCAGGUAAAAAUUUGUAUUAAUUUGUAUAAAGAAGCCAAGAAAAGAUGGAAAAAUCUCUAAAAGGCAUCAAAUUACAGAUUAAACAUUUCUAUAAAAUGUCACAAAAAGUUAGAUUUUAUGUCUAUCAUUUACACUUACAAAAUAAAAUAAAAUAAAAGAAUGAUGUCUGCUAA